UAUAUACACUAUUGCCAAAAGUAUUGGGAAACCCCUUCAAUUCACUAGAUUCAGGUGUUCCAAUCCCCUCCAUGGACACAGGGGUAUACAAUCCAUCACCUAGGCAUGCAGACGGCUUCUACAGACAUUGGUGAAAGAAUGGGUCGCUGUCAGGAGCUCCGUGACUCCAAGCGUGGUCCCGUGAUAGCGUGGUCCCGUGAUAGGUGGUCACCUGGGCAAUAAGUCCAUCCGUGACAUUUCCUGGCCACUAAAUAUUCCAACUCAACUGUUAGUGGGAUUAUAACAAAGUGGAAGCAACUGGGAACAACAGCCACUCAGCCACCAAGUGGUAGGCCACGUCACAUGACAGAGCGGGGUCAGCGCAUGCUGAAGCGCACAGUGCGCAGAAGUCACCAACUGUCUGCAGAGUCAAUAGCUAAAGACCUCCAAACUUGGUGUGGCCUUCAGAUUAGCCCAACAACAGUACGUAGAGAGCUUCAUAGAAUGGGUUUCCAUGGCCGAGCAGCUGCAUCCAAGUCUUCCAUCACCAAGUGCAAUACAAAGCGUCGGAUGCAGUGGUGUAAAGCACGCCGCCACUGGACUCUAGAGCGGUGGAGACGUGACCAAUCACGCCUCUCUGUCUGGCAAUCCGAUGGACGUGUCUGGGUUUGGCAGGUGUCAGGAGAACAGUACUUGCCUGACUGCAUUGUGCCA